UGAAAAUUACAUUUGAUCACUGCAGAGAUUGUUUUUUGCGCUGAUUGUCUUGGUUUGGCUACUUUCCUUUCUCGCUAUUAAAGCUCUGUGGCCGUCGAUCAACACAUGGAAAAGGAGGUGCAACGCGCAGCUGGAGAAAAUCAAAGACGGCAGUUGAAAGUGCUUUGAAAAAGGCUCUCAGAAAAUACAAAGUGCAAGUAUUGGACAUUGCAUUGUAUGCUGUUUUAUCACGGCAGGAAAUCUGUGUCCCAUCCUGAUAAAAACAUGUACUGUGAUGAGUGCCAGUUCCUGACUGGACAUGUGGACUGUUAGGUAAGAUCCAACUGAGGAGACAACGCUUCAGACACGGCCCUGCCCAAGACAAACAGGAUCCGAACCCUGGGGUCACGGACUCUCCAUAGCCAGAGGAGACAAUUCUUCAGUGUUAUAAUCGGAAAUCACUAAUAAUAGAUGACAAGAAAGCCAAAGUGUUGUUUUGGCGGAGUCUUCUUUUGUAGCAGCCGCUGCCAGAGAAGACAGCUGUCCUCGACUUUGAUAAAUCAUGAUCCCCAUAACUGAGCUGCGCUAUUUUGUGGAUACACAACCUGCAUAUCGCAUUCUAAAGCCAUGGUGGGACGUCUUCACAGACUAUUUAUCAGUCAUCAUGCUGAUGAUUGCCGUAUUUGGCGGCACGCUUCAGGUCACACAGGACAAGAUGAUCUGCCUACCCUGCAAAUGGGUGGUUAACAAGACAUGUAGAAAGUAUUUCAAUUCAACUUUUUCUGUGCCCUUGACUCUCGAACCUCAAGGAAUCCAGUAUGACCUUGAUCGUCACCAGUACAACUAUAUCGAUGCUGUAUGCUAUGAAAACAAGCUUCACUGGUUUGCUAAGUAUUUCCCAUAUUUGGUGCUGCUGCAUACGCUCAUCUUCCUGGCUUGCAGCAACUUCUGGUUCAAAUUCCCUUGGACAAGCUCUAAAUUGGAACAUUUUGUGUCUAUUCUUUUGAAAUGUUUUGAUUCGCCAUGGACCACACGAGCUCUGUCUGAAACAGUUGUGGAGGAAAGUGACCCCAAAGCUCUGGUGAAAAUGAAUGGCUCCUUUGAUAAGAAGGCUUCAUAUGUCAGCGAGGACGUUGAGGCAAGUGUUUCUAUGCUGUCAACAACCAGGUCUCGUUUUGAACAAGGAAUUGUGGACCACUCUGAAACUGGUGUCCUGGACAAAAAAGAAGGUGAACAGGCAAAGGCAUUGUUUGAAAAGGUGAAGAAGUUUCGAAUUCAUGUCGAAGAGGGGGACAUAGUGUACAGACUCUACAUCCGACAGACUAUCAUCAAAGUAGUUAAGUUUAUCCUUAUAAUCUGCUAUACAGGUUACUAUGUCCACAAUAUUCAAUUCAGUGUUGACUGCAGUGUGGAAAUUGAGAAUCUCACAGGUUAUCAGAUGUACAAUUGUGCCCAUCCCUUGGCAACUCUCUUUAAAAUCUUAGCAUGCUUCUACAUCAGUCUAGUAGUUGUGUAUGGGAUGAUCUGCAUGUACACCCUUAGCUGGAUGCUACGACGUUCGCUCAAGAAGUAUUCUUUUGAGUCUAUCAGGGAAGAGAGUAGCUAUAGUGACAUCCCAGAUGUGAAAAAUGACUUUGCCUUCAUGCUGCAUAUGAUUGACCAGUAUGACCCCCUUUAUUCCAAACGAUUUGCAGUUUUCCUCUCAGAGGUGAGUGAGAACAAACUUCGCCAGAUGAACCUUAAUAACGAGUGGACUUUGGACAAGCUUCGGCAGAGGAUCACCAAAAACUCGCAAGAGAAGUUAGAGCUGCACCUAUUUAUGCUCAGUGGAAUUCCAGACACAGUUUUUGAUGUGGUAGAGCUGGAGGUUCUGAAACUUGAGCUCAUCCCUGAUGUCACUAUACCACCAAUCAUUGCCCAACUAACCAACCUCAGAGAGAUGUGGCUCUACCACACACCAGCCAAAAUCGAAGCUCCAGCCCUGGCGUUUUUGAGAGAGAACUUGAAAUCACUGCACAUCAAAUUCACUGACAUAAAGGAGAUCCCUCUGUGGAUCUACAGCUUGAAGAACCUAAGCGAGUUGCAUCUGACUGGGAACCUUAGUUCUGAAAACAAUCGCUACAUUGUCAUUGAUGGUUUACGAGAGCUGAAGAGACUAAAGGUUUUGAGACUAAAAAGUAACCUUACAAAGCUGCCACAGGUGGUUACCGAUGUUGGAAUGCACCUUCAAAAGUUGUCCAUCAACAAUGAAGGCACCAAGUUGAUGGUGCUCAACAGCUUGAAGAAGAUGGUGAACCUGACAGAGUUGGAACUCGUCCGCUGUGAUUUGGAACGCAUACCACAUUCCAUCUUCAGCCUGCACAACUUACAGGAGAUUGAUCUUAAGGACAAUAACCUCAAAACCAUAGAGGAGAUCAUUAGUUUUCAGCAUCUUCAUCGACUUGUUUGUCUGAAACUGUGGUAUAAUCAGAUUGCUUAUGUACCUAUACAAAUAGGUAAAUUGACCAAUCUGGAGCGCCUCUAUUUGAACCGCAACAAAAUUGAGAAGAUGCCAAAUCAGCUCUUCUUCUGUCGGAAGCUUAGGUUUCUUGAUCUAAGCCAUAACAAUCUAACUGACAUCCCAUCUGAAAUAGGACGAUUACAGAACCUUCAAUACCUUGCUGUAACUGCCAAUAGGAUUGAGGCUCUUCCCCCGGAGUUGUUUCAGUGUAAGAAAUUGCGUACACUGAACUUAGGAAACAACUGCCUGCAGUCCCUGCCCUCUCGGUUUGGGGAGCUCACCAGUCUGACUCAGCUUGAGCUGAGGGGCAACAGGCUUGAGGGCCUGCCUGUAGAACUUGGGGAGUGCAGAUUGCUGAAGAGAAGUGGUAUAAUUGUGGAGGACAAUAUUUUCAACACUUUACCAUCAGAGGUUAAAGAGCAGCUUUGGAGGAAUGAAAAAGAGGCUGCUUGAGAUCAAGAUGCAUAAAUCUUAAAGCACUGCCCUGUGUGAAGAUUUUAUAAAAUGCUGUGUGGAGGGGAAUUUUAACAAAGCAAUACAGAAGUAUUACAUUUGUCACAUUUUUCAGGGUUGAGGAUGUUUCCUGGAAGACAAAGGAAAAAAUUACUUUAAGUAAGUAUUGGUCAUUUAUGCCAUGUAAUGUUUUAGUGAUACAGAAGGAAUAUUCUGUAACCCAGACAGCAAUGACAUUUCUGCUGUUAUACAGUGCAAAAGUAUUUUCCACAUCCUGAUUUCUUCUGUUUUUGUCUAUAUCUCAUACUAAAUUGUUUCAUAAAUUCAAACAAAAUCUAACAUAAAACAAAAGCAAUCUGAGUAAACACAAAAUACAUAUUUUUAAAUUAUAAUGUUAUUUAUUGAAUCAAAAAAGUUAUCCAAUACCAACUGGGCCUGUUUGAAAAAGAAUUUGCCCCCUUAAUUACUCCUCAAACCUAUGAAACUGCAUUCAUAAUGGGGUUCAGCUGGACUAGACACAUCCAGGCAUGAUUACUGCCAGCCCUGUUCAAUCAAAUCAACACCUAAAUAGAACUUUUUCAGCAGCAUGAAGUUGUCUAAAAGGUCUCACCCAGAAGCACACUAUGCCAAGGUUGAAAGAAUCUCCAGAAAUGAUGAAGAAAAAGGUAAUUGAAAUACAUCAGUCUGGGAAGGGUUACAAAGCUAUUUCAAAGUCUCUGGGACUCCUCAGAACCACAGUGAGAGCCAUUAUCUCCAAAUGGAGAAAACUUGGCACAGUAGUGAACCUUACCAAAAGUGGCCGACCUUCCAAAAUUCCUCCAAGAGCACAGCAACGACUCAUCCAGGAAGUCACAAAAAAGCCAAGGACAACAUCCCAGGAACUGCAGGCCUAUCUCACAUCAAUAAAGGUCACUGUUCAUGACUCCACUAUCAGAAAGACAUAGGCCAAAAAUGCCAUCCAUGGAAGUGUGGUGAGGCAAAAACCUGAAGAACAUUAAGGCUCUUUUGAAUUUUACCAAAACACACCUUGAUGAUCCUCAAACCUUCAAAUCAAACACAGAAUUCCACAAAAAGAACAUCAUACCUAUGGUCAAGCAUGGUGGUGGUUUUGUGAUGGUGUGGGAAUAUUUUGCUGCUUCAUGGCCUGGGCGACUUGCAAUAAUUGAGGGAAACCUUAAUUCUGCUCUCUACCAGAAAAUCCUAAAGGAGAAUGUCUGGUCAUCAGUCCAUGAGUUGAAGCUCAAGCGCAGCUGGAUUGUGCAGCAAGACAAUGAUCCAAAGCAUAGGAGUAAGUCCAUCUCUGAAUGGCACAAAAGAAGCAAAAUUAAAGUUUUGGAGUGGACUAGUCAAAGUCCUGAAUUGAACCCAAAUGAGAUGCUGUGUCAGGACCUUAAACAGGCAGUUCAUGCUCAAACCCUCCAAUGUGGCUGAAUUAAUGCAGUUCUGAAAAGAAGAGUGGGCCAAAAUUCCACCACAGCGCUGUGAAAGACUGAUCUCCAGUUAUCAGAAGCGUUUGGUUGCAGUUGUCGCUGCUAAAGGUGGCACAACCAGCUUAAGUUUAAGGGGGCAGUUAGUUUUUCACAUGAUGAUAUACCUGUAGGUGUUGGAUAACUUUUUUUGCUUCAAUAGAAUAAAUAUAUAUUUGAAAACUGUAUUUUGUGUUUACUCAGGUUGCCUUUGUUUUAUAUCUCGUUUGAAGAUUUAAAACAAUUUAGUAUGAAAUAUACACCAAAAUAGAGGAAAUCAGGAAGGGGGCAAAUACUUUUCCACAGCAAUGUACAUUGAGGAUGAGUGAGCAGACUAAAUAUAACAUCUUGAAUAAGGUGCUGUUCAUGUUGGCCUUAAUUAAAAUACACAACACAAUUUUAUGUAUAUUGCAUUUUAUCCUAAACAUUUUGAAUGGAUUUUUUAAUUUGUCUGUGUAAGUGUUGUCUGAAAUGCUGUUUGAGCGCGUUUACAUACCAGUGCACUUAUUACUCCCAAAAAAGCAGCUUUUUAAAAAAUAUCUGACAAAGCAAAAAAUCAGCGUUUUAUUCUCUGCUUUUGACGUCAAACCUUGAAAACGUGUGCGCACAUUGGAUAAGCCAGUAAAUACGCCGGUUAAGGUGUUUACAUGCAAUGUGAAAUUGGUGUAAUGGGCAAAAAUCUACCUGUGUCGAUCGGUUUAUUCUUACACCAUUUAUGAUCUUACACCGUUAAAGGAAAGCCGUUUAAUGCAUUUACAAGACCACACACAUCGGCUUAUUAAGCAUAAUCGGUGUAAGAACGUGCAUGUAAAUGCGUUCAUUGAUUGCCUUUUGUUAAUCUAUGUAUCAGUACUCCCCAUUCAACCCCAUCAGAGUUGACUGUUUUCUGCUGUAACAUCUAUUAAGCUUCCUUUGAAAUGAUUGGGUGGUGAUGUUCAAAUUGCUCCACCUUAAUCUGUUGGGGUUAAUAUAUUUUAAAAACACAGAGAAUGCUUGGUAACUACUUACUGUUUUUCAUACAUGCACUACGAGUUAUCUUGCACAUUAAAAUGCUGUACAGCCUUUUUCUCACACUUACUAUGUAAAAUGCAAGUAACCUCUGCUGCAUGAAUCGUAUUAUUCCUUAAAUGUCAAAGGUUUAGGGAAAUACAUAAUUCAGUAUUCAGUGGCCCUUUCUCUUAAUCUUUGUGAGUUUGUUAUUGUCUACUGUUCUAUUUAAAAAAAGGACUUGUUAAUCCCUGUAUUGAAAGUUCAGUAAUGUGUGUUAACUGAAUACAGUAUGUUUGGUUGCGUGAAUGGUUUUUGAUGGGGCUUGCAUGUUUGCAGUAUUUAUUACUUGAUGCAAAAAUGAAAGAUAACAUUGAAAUAGUGUGCUACAGACAUCUACAUGGAUUUAUUUGUAUUAAGCAUAUUACUAUUACAAAUGUUUUGUUUGCUUUUUUUUUUUUUUCAAGAAGUUUGCCUUUCAAGAAGGUAAACAAGUCUCCUUGAUUAUGUUACACUUUACAAAUACAGCACCUUAUUUUCACCAGACUGCACACUUUGAAAUGCCUUGAAUUAUCAAGUAAGAAUUUUCUAACAAAUAGUUCUAUCAUUUGUUGUAAUGGUAGAUUAUCCAUUUGUAUUCUGUUGCCCGGCAUGUAAACUUUAACAUGGAAAAACUUGGAUUGUACCCUCAACUUUGCACUAAACCUUCUUCCAGCUUAUUCUUAUGUCAUGUUAUUCUCAAGACAUUGCAUGACAACACACUGUUAAGAAGACAAUCAGUAUUUCGUGAAACAUUGUGUAUGUGCAAUGCAGUUUUGUAUGUUAGAAAUUGACUGAAUUGUAACUCUUUUUCAGUUGUGAAUACAGGUUAAUACUGUAUGCCAGUAUGCAUCUAGUAAGAUUAACCUUGCUGUUUUGUCUUGCCAUUAUAAUAGCCAUAUUCAAUUUGACAAACGUGUUACUUUUGAAAGGUUAUUGAACGUAUUGCAUAUUGUUUAUUACCUCAAGUAUUAAAUAUUUUAGGAUUUAUUACAUUUUUCAGUAUAUACACAUUGAAAGCUAAAGCUAAUACAAUAUCAGAUCGUAUUAAUACUCAGGUAAGUGCCAUUCAACUUUGUACACUUGCAGCUCAGUCAAACAUUUUUAAUGUCAAGGUAUUUGUUUUUUUAAAUUGUGCUUAAAACAAAUGUUGCCAUGUUUAUUCUUCUGGUGUUACCAUCUAACCAUUUGUUAUAUUUAUGGUUGAUGAUGAUGGAUUAUAUGUAUUCUGUAAAUCCACUUUUUUUUUUUUUUUUUAUAAGUGUAUUAUGUAAAAUAUGAAUUAAAUGCCACCAACUGUAUCAAGCCAUACAGAGUGAAUAAACACUGUUUUCUCCAGUGUGUUAAUAAAAUU